GCCCAGCCCCCCGGGUAUGGCACUGAUGGUGGAUGUGGUGGGGCCAGCGCCCUGGGGCUUCCGCAUCUCCGGGGGCAGGGAUUUCCACAUGCCUAUCAUGGUGACCAAGGUAACCGAGAGGGGCAAGGCUGAAGCUGCUGACCUCCGGCCUGGUGACAUUAUUGUGGCCAUCAGUGGGGAGAGUGCAGAGGGCAUGCUUCAUGCCGAGGCCCAGAGCAAGAUCCGCCAGAGCCCCUCACUCCUGAGGCUGCAGCUGGACCGGUCCCGAGCUGCCUCUCCCGGGCAGACCAACGGGGAAAGCUCCGUGGAGGUGCUGGCCACUCGCUUCCAGGGCCCCGAGGACGCACAUAGACAGCCAGUCCUCCCUGCGGCAGCUCCUUCUCUACCCUGCCCACCAGCAGCCCACACGCCCUCGCUGGAGAGGCUGUGA